AUGGCUGACGCGGAGGAGGAGGAGGAGAAAGUGCGUGUCUUCGUCCUUGAGUGGAGAGAGAUCUUGCGAAAAAGGGAGGAGCAGGACAUCGAAGAGUUUCUCUCAGCGAAGGAGGUGCACGGCCAGGAUUGGCCCCCUCUCCUCGGGCAUCCAAGUGCCCAAGAAGCGAGCUUCGAAGCGCAUGAGCUUGCCAACACCGCAACCACAUGCACUCCACAGUCCACGUCGCCGACGGCGGAGCGUAACAUCCCAGAGACGUUGGAGGAGGCUCCCCCAAAUCCGCCCGAGCAGCGAGCAGAGCCCGAAUCGCCCCAAAAAGAGUCGGCACCGCGGGAUGCGCCGGCUCUGGGGGAAGAGGAGCCCCCUUUGGUGGCAGUUCAAGCGGAGCUUCCUGGGACCCAGGAAGCUGCGGCAGAGCCUGUCGUGGCAGAGCCUCCUGAAGAGGAAACUGCCACAGAGGCUGGCGCGAAGCCCGAGGCUCCGAAGCCGGAGAUAGAAGAAACCGAGCCCAGGCCUAGGCAGCCAGAGACCUCAGAGGUGUCGGAAGUUCCAAGCACGGAGCCACCAAAGCCAGUUGAAGAGAUCAAGACCGAAGUAACCGCCGCUUCGAAGCCGGACCCGCCGAAGCAGCUUCAAGAGGAUUCUUCGAAGGAGAUCACAGCAGCCGCUGGGGGGAAUGAGGCCCAUGGCACAGAGAAGCAAAUCGACCACGAAGCUGUGAAAGCCGCUGCACAGCGUGGUGCAGAGGUCUUGAGCGACUUGACCAAGCCCUUGGAGUACGAAGUCCGUGAGGCGGUGACCGUACAUGAAUCCCCUGAUCCGCGCUCGUCGCCCCUGGGCAGCUUGUCACCCGGUCAGAUGGUCCACGGCUAUCCAGGCUCCGGGUGGUUAAGGUUGAAGCCCAGUGGCAGCGUGCGUGGCUGGGUGCACAUUGGCCGCAGUCUCGCUGUGCAAUGCUUGCUGCCCAGCAUUCGAACCCGCUUUUUGGAGGGUGUGGACGUGGUAUGGCCAGGCUUCAAAGGCCUUCUGAAGCCAGAUGUGAAGGUGGUCUACAUCGUUGAAUGGCGUUGCAAGAAAUCGGGCGCUGCUGGACAUGCCGUUUGUCACAAGCCACAGGAGGUGGUGUCCAACAUGCCACCAGGAAAGCCCUUCGAGUUGCAUGUCGCCGUCCGAAUACGAGGUCCAGCGACCCCCGGCGCGGAUGCGCCUCCGGAAGUGCGGUUUGCUGGGCUUUGGAUUGAAUCCAAGACACUGGAACUGACGAUGGAGGACGAGGAGGACCCGGAAUCUUGCCUGGACCCUUUUGGCACAGCACGCGCCGGAUGCCUCAACUGCCAGUGCUACGGCUUCAUCUGGCGACCUGGAAUGGAGGAGCAGGAGGACCCAGACGAGGAGAACGCUCAACGCUUGGGCCUCAACGCUGACCCGGAGAGCAUCAAGUGCAUGCGCUGCGGGGACCCCUUCGAUUCGCAUGCGCGGGCGGGCACGCCAGCGGCCGAGAGGUUGUUGGAGAGCAGGCCCCUCCGGCGCUACCUCGUCAUGCACGCGCGCGUCUUCGUGCGGAGCCGGCGAAGCACCAAAGGAGAUGCGCUGGGAGCGUUGCGCCGUGGCACCGAGGUGUCGGGCUGCUUGGAGGGCAAUUGGCUCCACCUGAGCCAGGAGUCCGCCCGGGCCGUGAAUGCGAUGCCGCGCGGCGCCGUGAACUCCAAGGCCAAGUAUGUGGACGCCUGGGUUUUGAUCGACGGAGCUUCCGUGGGCUUCCAGACGGACCUUUUGGUGCCGGAGGAGUUGGCCCCAGCAGAUCUCCGAGAGCAAAUCCAGCAGGAGGAGGAGGAAAGGAGAAAGCGCCUCGCCGCUGCCAAGAAGGAAGCUGCGAAGCCGAAGAUCAAGGCCAAGGAUCCCUCCAAGAGCAAGGAGCCUGUUGAAGUGGACAGCGAAGACGAGGCGGGCGCGUUCCGAAUGGACCCGCUAGCGGGCUUGAUGGAUUCUUUGUACCUCAAGCCGGUGGACUUCUUGGUGCUAAAGCCUCAGCUCCCCAUCCAUCGGCGUCCUUCUACCAGUUCCCGCAGUCUCGGGCAGCUGAAAAGGGGGCAGAUCGUCUCGGGAUGGCCGCAAGCUUCCUGGGUGCUUCUACAGGGCAAGGAGGGAGAAAAGCCCACUUUAUCCAAAGCUGGUUGGGUCUUGCUGGAUGCAUCCAGUCUGGGCUUCGGACGGCAGCUGCUGGCGCAGAUGCCGGCUGUCAAGGACAUCCAGAUGGUUUCAGAGGCCGCAGUCCUUGAGUGGGCGAAAUUCCCAGCUAGGACAGUCGAGUACCAAGUGGAGUGGGCAGAAUCCGACCGGGAUGAGCCCACUGUGGCUGUGCAGAGAGAGACCAUGUCCAUGGCCCGCGUUCACGAACUCCCACCGGACUCCAAGCUCAACUUUCGCCUUACUGCACGGGUCUACACGGCUGCACUGGAAAGAGGUGGCGAGCUUUUCGCCGAGGUGGUUGGACCGUGGGAGGAAGGAGAGACCGGAGCUGCGAUCGAAGAGAUGGAGGAAGGGAACUUGUGUGUCGACCCUCUUGCGAACUUGCGCGGGCGGUGUAUGGACUGCGGUUGCCGCGGCUUUGUGCUGGCAGAGUAUGGCGAGCGUCCUAGGACCAGCGACACCCUAGAGGAGGUCGUGUGCCGUCGCUGCAGCUGCUCCUGUGUGCGUCACUUCAUCUUGGGCGAGUUCCACUACCGGAACCCAAACAGCACGAGCUCCUCAAGGCCAUCAAAGGAGAAGGAGAAGGAGAGGGCAUCGCCCCAAGUGCAGAAGGCCUUGCCAGCUCCAGAGGAGCCAAAGAGGCCGACGACCUGGCGCCCAGAGGACGCCACGGAGGAGCAUCAGGAGCGCCUGCCCUUCGUCUUGGACAAGGUCGGCGAAGCGCAGAGUCUCUACGAGACGCUGGGGGUAAGCCCAGAUGCAGAGAAGGCGGCUAUUCGUGUCGCAUAUCGCCAGGUUUCCUUAAGCAUCCACCCGGACAAGGUGCAACAGCUACACAGCGAUGACCCUGACCUCAGACUUCAAGCCGAGAAUGCUUUCAAGGUCGUAUCUGCUGCAUACGAGGUGCUUGGAGAUGACAAGCUCCGAGCGGAGUAUGAUCGGAAGCUACGACUUACGGGAGCUACCUUCCUCAGCCGGAUCUCCGGGGGACGCUCGAACCUAACGAGCAUUGCCUUUCUCAAGAAGUUCCUUAGCAAGGAGAAGGGCGGUUUCGGCUGGGACCUCACCUCCAAGCCACCCGGAGAUUGGGAGGAGCAGGCUCCUGGGGUCUAUGUUCGGAAGGCCAAGCAAGCCGAGCCAUCUUCCCAACCCUGA